GCUGAUCAGAAUGAUCAUGUACUCAGGCAAAAAGAGAGUUUGCAGUAGCCUGCAUGGGAUUCUGAUAUGAAAGAAUAAACAAGAUUUGCUCACAAGGUUCCAUUUUUGUUCAACUAAAAUUGAAAGCCUCAGAUCCCCCAUUGUGAAAACGGUACUGCUGACAUUUAUCAGUCUGGAAGUAGGCACACGAUUGAGACAACAGAUGCCCAACAGACAUGGUUCUCCACUCCACAUGGUCUGCCUUAUGGAAGAUUCUCAACAGGGUCUUAAACUGGUGGAGACUGAUGCUGGUGCCCAAACUGAAACCGAAGAUCGAGCCUUUCUCCUACUGGACAACUAAAGUUCAGUUUCAGGAACCAAUUCCAAUCUCAACAAAUGGAAAAUUGUAUGCAAGCCUCACCAUCCCCUCAGAGACUGGCCACAGCCAGACAGAUCAGAUUAUUCAGAAGUUCAUUAGACUGCAAGAAGAAAGCAAAGAAUCAACAAAGAGAAUUAUUAUGAUUGAAAAUGACAUUGAGUCUAUUAAAUUAGAAAUAGCCAAGAUUCAGACAGAAUGGCAAUACAGACAACAAGAAAUACCAACAGAAUGCAGUAGAACCAAGGGUCAGCCUUAUGUUGAGUGCAACGAUCAGAGAAUGAGGACCAGGGAUGUGGAUCUGCAUUGGGAGUACAAGAUGCCGAAAGAAACCCAGACUCAAAACUUCACCUGCCGACAGAGGAGAGAUUACUCCAUGAAUGAUGAAGUGGACUACCCCUGCAAUUUCCUACCACAAUCCAAUAAAAGUAGCCAAACAGAGCUGAUACCAUUUACAGGCGGACUCCCUGCCAAGCACUAUAUCACUGAGAUGCCCCUUUGCAGCCUUCCAUGUGAGUCCACCUGUCUCACUUCUGUGACAAGCUACCACUCCUACAGACAUGGAUCUCUGCUGUACAGAUUUAACACUGCUCUCAGAAAUGUUCAACCCUUGAAAGCAUAUGCACCCCACUCUAUCUUAGAUUUAAAGAUUGGGCACAGAGUGAAGAUUAUCUUGCCAAUUGGCAAAAUUGGCACAGGUGUGUUAAAGUAUAUGGGUAUGUUGCCUGGUGCACCAGAAGUCUGUUUCGGAGUGGAACUGGAGUUUCCCGAAAAUGGCCUACAUAAUGGGGAGUUUGCAGGGCACUGCUAUUUCCACUGCAAGCCCAGCCAAGGCAUUUUUGUCAACUUUAGCAAAAUAUUGAUGAUCCUCGAGUGAAGAUGGUUAAUUAAAAGGAAAAGGAUUCUACCUAUUUAGGUAUCAGAAGGAACAUUACAUCAGUAACGAUAAAAAGAAUCCAGCCACUGUCCAAUUCAAGUGAUGAGAUGUGGUGACCAACUCUGUCAAAGUGCUCCUGAACCAUUCUUCAUAUUGGUUCCAUGAAUUCCAACUUCCUUUAUAACAGGGAACGUAUCUGUUUGUACUUGUUUUUAAAAAUCAACUCUGAUAUGUUGUCUCCACUGUUAACGAGUGUGUAGCUUCUAAGUUGAUAGUACUGUCUACUUCUGACUUUUCCAUUGGAAUGUAUCUUAGUUCAAAAUCUUAUGCAUAGUACACAGUGUGGGAUUGCGACUUCAUCUCACACAUAAGGGCUCAGCACUGCUUUGUCAGAAUACACUUUAAUUUGAUCAGAUUGACAGUAUUUCCA